AUGGCAUCUUCUUCUCAAACCCCUCUAGAUGAUACAUUUGAUGAUACAUUUGAUGAUGCAUUUGAUGAUGCAUUUGAUCAAGUCUUUGAUCAACAUUUUCAAAAUCUUACCAUUCGUGAUCUAGAACGAAAGAAAAAGAGAAAAAAGCGAGCUUAUAUCGAAAGAAAUCGUGAAGAAGGCAAUGUGCGUUUAUGGAAUGAUUAUUUCAGUGAUACUCCAACGUAUCAUGAAAAAUAUUUCCGACGACGUUUUAGAAUGAACAAACCAUUGUUCCUGCACAUUGUGGAUCGACUCUCUAACGAAGUUGACUUCUUCCGCCAAAAGAAAGACGGUCUCGGAAGGUUGGGUCUAUCAGCACUCCAAAAGUGUACGGCAGCCAUUCGUCUAUUGGCGUAUGGUACUUCUGCGGAUACGGUCGACGAAUACCUCCGCCUUGGUGAAACUACAAGUCGGUCAUGCUUGGAGAAUUUUGUGGAAGGUAUUAUACAUUUAUUCGGUGUUGAGUACCUAAGAAGACCAACACCGGCUGACCUUCAACGACUACUUGAUAUGGGAGAGUACCGUGGAUUUCCCGGGAUGGUAGGAAGCAUCGAUUGUAUGCACUGGGAAUGGAAAAAUUGUCCCACCGCUUGGAAAGGGCAAUAUUCGCGUGGUUCGGGUAAACCAACAAUCGUUUUGGAGGCGGUUGCUUCAUACGAUCUCUGGAUAUGGCAUGCGUUUUUUGGACCUCCAGCACUUUUUUGGGAUAAAGUCAAAAUUGGAAAGAUUAUGAGAGCAUGUAUCAUACUCCAUAAUAUGAUAGUAGAAGAUGAACGCGAUGGAUACACGCAAUUUCAUCUUUCCGAGUUCCAACAUGCAGAAGACAACGGAAGUUCACAUGUGGAUCUCAACUUUUCUACAGAUAUCCCUUCAAAUGUCGCCAAUAUGAUGGGUGUUCGAACUAGAAUUCGUGAUAGACAAAUGCAUGAACAACUAAAAGCUGAUUUGGUUGAACAUUUGUGGAAUAAAUUUGGAUAUGAUGAAGACAACAAUUGA